AUGUCAGUGUGUGACGCUGCCUUUGACCAGCAGGAUGCAGAGGUUGUGUGUAGAGAGCUGGACUGUGGGGCUCCUGUACAGGUGCUGAGAAUUGCUGCUUUUGACAAAGGAGACGCUCAGAUGUGGACACAAGAGAUUCACUGCAGAGGAGAUGAGUCUCAGAUUCACCUCUGUCCAUUUACAUCAACAUCAUCAUCACAUGAAAACAACUGCACUCAUGACAACACAGAACUUGUUUGUGCAGAAAGUGUAAAUGUGAGACUUAUAAAUAGUACCAGUCGCUGUGCUGGUCGAGUGGAAGUUUUUCAUAGAGGUCAGUGGGGAACGGUGUGUGAUGCUGCCUGGGAUCUUAAAGAUGCUGCAGUGGUGUGUAGAGAACUGGGAUGUGGAGAACCUGUAGAUGCUCUGAGUGGUGCUCAUUUUGGACAAGGAACAGGACCAAUCUGGAUGGGUGUUGUGUUAUGCACUGGAUCAGAGUCUACCCUGAAGGCCUGUGGGUCAUGGGGAUGGGAGAAACAUAACUGUGAUCAUAGUGGUGAUGCUGGAAUCAUCUGCUCAGGUAACCGCUCAAAACAUAACCUGCAGCUGGUUGGAGGUUCUCGCUGCUCUGGGAGGUUAGAGAUUCUUCAUAAUCAGACGUGGAUGUCAGUGUGUGAUGCUGCCUUUGACCAGCAGGAUGCAGAGGUUGUGUGUAGAGAGCUGGACUGUGGGGCUCCUGUACAGGUGCUGAGAGCUGCUGCUUUUGACAAAGGAGACGCUCAGAUGUGGACACAAGAGAUUCACUGCAGAGGAGACGAGUCUCAGAUUCACCUCUGUCCAACAUCAACAUUAUAUGAAAACAACUGUACUCACAACAACAGUGUUAGACUGAUUUGUGCGGGUAAGAGCUGGAGUUAGAGAGAAGAUAUUAGAAAUAUGUAUUAUAUUAUUUUACUUGAAAUGUCUUUUUUAUUAAAUUCAUUUAG